AUGAAAGCUCUGUUUACGGUUCUGGUGCCUAUGUCCCUAAUCAUAAUGACGUCUGGUCAAAGACGGAAAGGUGCUCAAACAGGUAGUCCUUCAAACUCUCAAGAGAUGACGCAGACGCGUGGAAGCGGACAAGGCUUUAGUGGAUACGACGGCAUAGAUGGAUAUGGUGGAUACAACCCCUAUGGUGGAUAUAACCCUUAUGGUGGAUAUAAUCCCUAUGGUGGAUUCGGUGGAAGAGGUGGAUAUAAUCCGUAUGGUGGAAGCGAUCGCAGAGGUGGAUACAAUCCCUACGAUGGAUUCGGUGGCAGAGGUGGAUAUAACCCUUAUGAUGGAUUCGGUGGAAGAGGUGGAUAUAAUCCGUAUGGUGGAAGCGGUCGCAGAGGUGGAUAUAGCCCCUAUGAUGGAUUCGGUGCUAGAGGUGGAUACAGUCCUUACGGUGGAUUCACUGGAAGAGGUGGAUAUAACCCCUAUGAUAGAUUCAGACGCAGAGAUGGAUACUUCCCGUAUGCUGGAUACGUUGGUACAUUUGGAUAUAGUCCCUAA